UUUUGACAGUGACAUUUCGUUUCAACAAGAUCAGAUAUUGAAUUUAUUAUUUGAGAAAGGAUUUAAAAAUAUUGAUUAUUGCGGGCCCGAAAACCCUAGAAAAUGUUGGCACGAACAUUAGUUUCGAGGGCCCUUUUAUCUAGAUCCACAAAGGUAGCCGCCGACCAUGUUAAGCAAGCGAAGAGAAACGCAGGCCAUGGGGUUUGGACAUAUCGAGUUCCUCCACCUUUACCAUCCAAAAGAGCCAUAUAUUUAGCUGAAGGGCUUGGUGGACUCUGCUGGUUCUGGAUUCUUUAUCAUUGUGCAACAGAACCGGAACACAUUUAUGGUGAAUGGCCUUAUAUUGAUCCCAGCACUUGGACUGAUGAAGAGUUGGGUAUCCCUCCGGAUUCUGAAGGCCCAUUGAGGAAAUAAUAUGGAAAUGCCAGAAUGGGAAUAAUUGAUUAAUUUAGUAAAAUGUAGUUUAAAAUUUUUGUUA